UUAUCAGCAGUAAAACAGGCAACCGAACAAUCGCUAAUGUUGCGAUUCGCUGUGAACAUUUUACGACCAUCGUCAAGCUCGUUAGCUUUCGAUCAGCUGAUUUUUAGUUGCACCGUGACAAACUUGAGCUGUCAAACGUGGUUUUCAACGAACAAACAAUAUUUUUGAUUGAAAAUAAAGCUGUGGAAAUCUCAUUACCCAUGAGAUCGAUAAAAAAUGGAGUUUGUUACGAGUAUCCCUGUAGAAUGUUUGAGCGCUGGCGAGGCCGCCGCUGUAUGGUCCGGAUGGAGCACAUUUGGAGAUCGAGAAGUUGUGAGGGAGGCUUCUGCCAAGGGCACUCACAUAGACCUUGCAUACAAGUGUUUAGCUUAUCGUAGACAUUGUACACUCUUGGAUGCACAGAAAUACUUCUCUGAAGAAGUUGAAAUCUGGGUCAAUGAGAUGCUGAACAAACAACAGAUUCAUAGAGCUACGCAUAUCCUUAAAAAUGCAGGUAAAAAUCCUGUGGAGUUUAUAAAAGAUAAGUGCAUUGAGUGCAAAGAACCAAAGUUGCGCAAAUAUCUAGCAAAUUAUGUAGUCGCCAAAAAUGGUUUUGAAGGCAAAAUGGAGGAGUCUUGGAACAUUAUGAACAGUAUUACUUUGUUUGAAGAGGAAAAUCGGCCUGAAGAGAGUUUGAUCAAAGGAGCUAGCAUUCUGGAAAUUUCUCAGCUCCCCGAAGAUGUGAAAUCCGCUUUGAUCACAGAUCUGUAUUUUUAUACGAAUCAAUCCUACCUUGGAAAUAAAUUGACAAACACAGUGCUCUGGGAUUAUCUUUUGUCGCAUAAUAAAAUUCAAUUAAUCGAAGCCUGGAUCGAUGCUAAAUAUAGCAAUUCAGAAAUGAUCGAACAUGGUAAAAUUGAUGCGUUCAGCCGGUUGGAAAUUGUCGAGGAUAUGAUCGAAUCUGUGGAAACAUCCAGUGCCACAAAUCCUGUCAAGGAAUUGGUGCUAAAUCGCUUAUCCAAUUACGGAAUAUUUACGAAGAAAGAGAGACAAGAUGUGAAAUUGUUGCUUUCGAGGAUGUUUAGUAACUGCAAAACCCCCAACGAAUUCAUGGGAAUAUUUUCUCGAGAAAAUUGCAACGUCGAUCGUGAAUUAUUCGAGAAAGAAUUAUUUUCGAUAUUGUACAACCGCAAUGCGAGUGAAAGUAGCCUUCAAGAGAAUGUGGAACCACGAGAGAAAAAGCUGCUGGAAUUGUUGCUGGAAAUAAGCGAGGAAUCGGCGGAAAACGAGUUAAUUUUGCAGCGUGCAAUACUCGAAAAUAUUGCAAUGUUGAGUUCCGAUUUUGAAGGUUGUCUCCGAGAUAAUCCUUUAAUCGUCGUGUCUCUCGUCUACCUCGAAUAUCGAAUACGGAAACGCGACAAUGAAUUCGAGCUGAAAGAAAUAUUUAAGACUGGCAUGAAAAUCGAUUCGAGAAUCGUCUCGGCCGAGUUGAUUUGCGAAAUCCUCGGCCACUUUCCGUACUUGAUACGAUCUCUGGCGGAAGAUGUGAAACCGAACGAUGUAACGAUUUACCAAUUAUUGAAUGGCUACGAGAAUCUGGACGUUCAAAGGCUGUUCAAAUGGCGUUACAGGAAAGAGCCGAUGCCGAGUUUCACGAGCGAGAAUCUCAUUAAAAAAUACGGUCGAAAAGAAAAAUUGACUUACGUUUACUACUUGAAGGAAUCAAGGCCGACCAUGGCCGCUUACGUGUUGCAAAAACAACAGGAUAAAAAGCGGGACGGUUUGUCUUCGAAAAUGAAGUGUCAAGCAGCGUCGUACGCGCAUGCCUUCGGUUUGGAGAAUCUCGAAGACGACGAAAUCAUGUGCAGUUGUAUAGUGUUCAUCGAGAUGCUCGACGUCAACUCGGAAUGUCUAAGACUCCAUGCAACAGCUGCAGAUUAUGUAAAAAAACGUUUGAACCUUUCGAUCGACGAUUUGUUGCAGAGAGUCUCUCCAAAAAAUCCGAAGGAUCUCGACACGAUAUUGAAACAUUUGGAAAUGAGUUUUCAGACGUCCGUCACUGAAAAAACUUCCCGAGAGCCUGGAAAUUUCGUCGAAGCGAUGAAAUCUUGGGAUUUUAUCGUCCGAUUCGCCCGAGCUCACAACGCUUCGCUCCCUUGUUCUUUCUUAAAAUUUCUCGCUCGUAACAAUCUUUGGUUCGAGUUCGUUCUCGUGGCACAUGUUUUUUCUUAUCCUCUCGAGCUCGCUCUCGAAAGCGCUCGGCAUUUCAGCAAUUCCAGUAUCCGUAAACAUCUCUCAUUGGCUCUGAGCAAUCCUCACAUUCUCACUGGUAAUUUUGCUCAGAAUCAUUUACCGAAAGUGAAACUUGGAAAUUUGACAGAGACGAGACAAUCCUCCGUCGAUCAACAGAAUUACAACAGCGAUAACAGCGAUCAGGAGAACGAUCUGUGGCUCAUCAUUUUAAAUUGUCAUCAGAGUCAGGAUCCACCAGGAGCAUUGUUGAGUGCAUCGCAGAUGUUCAAGUCUCCGGUUCUCACGGUUUUGGCUGCUUGUUACGAGCCUUCCUCAAUUUCCGCUUAUUGUUAUUCUUGGCUCGUCGUUUCCGUCGACGACGAACAGCUGACCCAGGAUUACGCUUCUUGCCUGGGAGAUCAACUGUGGCCGGCUCAAAAAGUUUCGCAACUUUUCCGGAGCGUCCUCUCCCUCGGGUACGUCACGACCCUGAGUAGAGCGUUCCAUAUUUUCAUGCCGGAAAAUCCGCUCUGCAAAUUCUUCGACUUCAUAGUCGAAUCUGUUGAUUUAGUCGAAUUUAAGGGAGCUAGAGAAAAACUGCGUGAUUUCAUCAACGGCUGUGUGGGUUUGAAAAGCAACAAGAGCAUCGAUUGGGAGAGCGUCGAGACUGACUACUUGAAUAAUUCCUACUGGAUCGUCACCGUAGCGAUUGAAUCUGCGAUGACCGUGCUUGGGAAAUGUCUGCUAAGCACUCACUUGCAAAUUAAAUUUUUAGAGAUUCUUGUUGAUUGCAAUUUCAACGAAGAUCUUCACGUGGAAACACCCAAUUUUUCCACGCUCUGGGAAACCAUCAAGAUUUUAACGGGCACGAAAACUGUCUUCGGUUUCGACUCUAUUCGCGUUACGCCCGACGAAGGAUCCAACGUCAACGCCGAACUCAGACGCUGCAUCCACGAGCUCGUCGAGCUCGAGGAUUUUCUCAGUGCUCUACAAUUGUCCAAGGUCGCUGGCUUCAAUUGCUCAACUAUUAUCCUGGCCCAGUACCGAAGUGAAUUCAAGCGGAGCACGAAUGCUGGUGAGGAAAUCGAAUCUUCGUUCUGGAAACGUUGCGCCGAGGACCUGAAGAGAUAUGGCGUUACGUUCGAAGAAACUGCAGCAUUUUUCGUCGAGCACGCUGAAAAAGUUUCAUUCCAUAAAGAACGGUAUGAAAUCCUGAAAUUGGCCCUGGAAACUCUCGAGCCGAUCGUAACGGACAAGCAAACAUUGGAUACGGUAGAAAUGGCCAUGUGGAAAUCUUGCAUUCUCGCUGGCCCUGAUUCCAUUGAAAUCGAGACUGAAUCAGAAGUUUUUAAUAAAUUGAAAUCAGAGCUUCUGUCGGGUGCAGCUGAGCUCCGAGUGAGCUGCUCGCUCAACGACUCUUCCGAAGAAUCUGCCGUAGAAUUAUUGAUUAAUCGUUUCAUAAGUGCUGGUCAGUUAGCGACUGCACUUCGUAUAAAUACUAUUUUCAAUUAUAAGCAUAAGGAUCUACAAAUUUUGCUGUUGUGCCUGAGCCUCGCGGAAGGUGAAAUUUCGCCGUAUCAAUUAACGUCGCAGCAAAGAAGCUUAUUAUCGGACAGUGGAAGGGUUAAGAUUCAGAAAUAUGCGACACUGAAAAAACGAGGCUUUCAAAUAAGAUCAUCAGUCUCGCCGAUGCCAGCAUCUUCUGGGAACACGACCGACGGAGCGGAAACAUCAAGUGUAAUGAUUCAACAAAUCCAGUUGGAAUCAUUGUCGAUGAUCGACAAGCUCGUGAAGAGCCUUCAGAACGGAUUUGCAAUAGGAACGAGAAUUUUAUUGUGCACGAAGCUUGGCACGUAUUUGAGGAGAAGUUAUCAAUCGCUAUUGACGCUCGAGAACCCGAUGCAGUUGCUGUACGAAGUCGUAGGCAGCAAUUGUGACCGUAAAUUGGAGAUGGUCGGGGAUAUAAUCGUUGCGUAUCGAAUAAAAAACGAAAUGGUUGCUAAAUUCCUUGCUGAGGAAAUAGUGGCCAACACUCCUCGCCUCGUCGAAGAAAGCCUCGAAGAUUCUCUGGUGAUGUGGGGCAAUCCUUUGGGCGGUAGUAUCCAAGCGAUAAUCGAACUUUGCAACGAUCCUUCUCUCCUCGGAUGGGAAUUGUUGAAAACGGCCAAUCUCAGCUUGGGCAAUUCUCACGGUGAACGACGAAACGUUUUGACUCUAAAAGUUGCGGUUGAACUUCUAAUUCAUGCCCACGAUUGCUUCACCGCAUCUUGCAGCAUGGAAGGCAUUGCUUCGAUUCUACGAAAAGCUCAACACCUCGUGUACACUUUGCAGCAGCGAAAACACUGGAGUCUUUUGGUUCGACUGGUGACGGGGCUCGGACGUUUUACUGAGAUGAAUUACAUCUUUCAAAUACUGAAGGAAAACGAUCAGUUUGAAUUUUUGUUGGGCAAAGGAUUAGACAAGAUACCAGGACUGAAAACAGCUUUACUGGAAUUCUGCAAGCGCCAGUGUCCCGGUGACAAAGAAUUAUUCACCCUGAUAGCGUUGCACUUUUUACUGUACAACGAAAUCGCUUUCAAGUGGGAGAGCGAAGCGAAGGAAAUAAUAAACGAGCUGGUUGCCGAGGGGCGAAAAAAUCAGGUGAAAGCUUCGGGCGCCAUGUUAAAACUGACGAAGAACGAAAAUAUCGAGAAAAAAUUGCAGGUCGUUAUCGAAAAUUAUACACACGCUACAGAGUAUUAUCUACAGGAUAAUAAACUGAAUUUGGCGAGUCGUUGUUCGUAUCAGGCGCAGCUAGCAGCUUUGCAAAUUUCCCUGCUCGCUGGAGUAGCCCAAAAUCAUCAAGUAACUUGCCUCUUCAGUCUCAGUCCUGACGAAGUCAACAAAGCAAUGUGCCAGGAACUGACAGUUCCGCAAUCUCUCAUACUCGUUCAGGCUUACAAUCAUCAUGGCGAUUGGUCGAUCGCCCUCUACAAUCACGUUGUGAUCAAUGGAGAAACUCGAUAUUUCAAAGAAUUUCUCGCUUGCAAUCUUCUCUCGUCAGCCAUCGUCCACGACUGCGUUUGCAGAUAUCGAUCGGAAAAAACAAUCACCAAACAAAUGACUGAAAGCAUGCAGUUGCUCGUUUCCGAAUUGACGGACGUCGAGUGUAAAUACGUGCUGGCGAGUCAGUUGGGAUUUAAGAAAAUAAUCGAGGACCUAUUAGCGAAUCCAUCAACGGGCUCUUAUUUGAAAGACACGGUUUGGAAGCAGGGUUCCAAGGCGAAAGAUUUCAUGGCGGAUAAUUAUCGUGGAUGAGCUUAUUCUAUUUUUUAAUUCGUCAUUUUUCAUAAGUUCCUUUUCGUGUCGAUUAAUCGACCGCAAUAUAUUUUAUAUUCUUAUUACAAAGGAAUUUACUAUUGUAAGACGUUUUACGUACUGGAAUCGUUGUCUCAAGAAGUAGCAUUUAUUGGUCUCCUUAACCGCGACAAUAAUUGUUGUUCAAAUUUUUGAAAAUUAUGUAAAUAUUACAAAUUAAUAAACAUCAGUUAUUGUAUAAUA